CUGUGGAUUAUUUACUUGUGCGUAAGAUUCAACAGAUCUUCUAAAAAAAGAAUGGGUGCUAGUAGUAGCGCAGCUAGGCUUAACACAGAACCUCUACAAGAAUCAAUAGCGCCUCCUAACAGUAAUUACGAGAAGAAUGAACCAACUAAUCAAGAUGCUGAAGAGUAUAUCAAUGAAAAACCCAGCCUCGGAACUGAUCAAAAUCAACCAACCGAGAACGAAGAAAAGGAAACUGAUAAGAACUCAUCAGCUGUUAGUGUCAUGGGAGAAUCGAUCCAAAACAUUGAGAACAAUAUUAAUGAAUUAGAAAAUCAGAGAUCGAAAGCCAUGAAGAGUAGUCGUUUAGACAAUAAGACAAAACAAAGAGAACCAAUUAAAGAUACGAAACAGAUAGUAUCAAAUGAGGAUUUGAUUAUUCAGAGAACUACCAAAAGUAGUUUGACAGUUUCAUCAACUGAUAGUAACCAAGUUGUCAUCAACAGGCCCAGGCCACAGACCUCGCAGUCAUCCAACUUUAGUAGAGGGCGGGGAGUCAAAUCUCAUCCAGGAUCAAUUAGAUCAGCGAUAUCAGAACCAUCUUGCAGAGAUGAGUGGGAAUUUAAAAGGGAGCCAAUCGAAGGAUUUGAUCCAGAAAAGUUUAAAAAGGCUAAUCAAUUAAAAAAGGCGGUAUCAAAUAAUACAGAUGGAGAUGUGUCUUACAACGCCCUCUACACCAAUAGGUUAGGACUGACGAGUCCGGAUGUUGAUGAGAUACAAGUGGGAAAACAGUGA